UUUUGAUAAAAACCCCAAAUUGUCAUUGGGCAGAUGCAAUCAUGUGACAAGCAGCACGGUCUAAUUCCAACCAUGUCCUCAUGAAAGCAAUAGUUUAUGGCAUAGAGGUCUCCAUACGACUAUAUCCAGUUUAGUAGUUUAUGAAAAUAAACUGCUCAUUAUUUUUUUUAAUUUCUGCCCCCCCUCUGAAUCACCUUAAAAUCAUCGAGUUUUCAAGACAAGAAGGAGGAGAUGAAUUACGAAUUUGGGCGAGAAAGUGGUUUUAUCAACAGCCAGCCGUCGCUCGCUGAGUGCCUGACAUCUCUCACUAACCCUGUCGGUGAUGCAUUUCAAAGUUCAUCAAUCAAGAGCUCGGCGCUUUCACACUCGACACUGAUUCCUCCUCCUUUUGAGCAGACCAUCCCCGGCCUGAACCCGGGCAUCCACCCACGCCACAGCCGCUCAAAGCAGGCUCUGAAAGGCUGCAGCCCGCUGCAGGCUGCAUCCCUGCCCCCGGAGUACCCGUGGAUGAAGGAAAAGAAAAGCAUCAAGAGAAAUCAGACUGCUGCAUCUGCUUCUUCCUCUUCUACUACUAAUGCUGCUGCUGCUGCUGCGACAACGACUGACUCCUCACCACUCUACUUCUCCCCCCAAGGUUCACCAGAGAUACCAGAGAGUGGUGCUGGCGGUGGAGGGGCAUCCCGGAGGCUGAGGACUGCGUACACCAACACCCAACUGUUGGAGCUGGAGAAGGAGUUUCAUUUUAACAAAUACCUGUGCAGACCGAGGCGGGUGGAAAUAGCUGCUUUGUUGGAUUUAACGGAGAAACAGGUGAAAGUGUGGUUUCAGAACAGAAGGAUGAAGCACAAGAGGCAGACCCACUGCAAGGAGAACCGGGACAGUGAGGGGAAGUACGCGUGUCUGGACGACGGGCCGGAGGACGAGUUUGAGCAGGCGGUGGACAGCAGCCUGUCCGGGACUCUCCUGGAGAGGGAGAGGUAUUUCCACCAAAAUACCUUGAAUUCACAACAGUGUCAGAACGGGCACAAUGGGGACAACCAAAGCCCGACUGUCACGCCUUUGAACAGCAAUGAGAAAAAUCUGAAACAUUUUACAAACCCGGCACCCACUGUUCCUAUCUGCGUGUCAACAAUAGGCCCGGACAAUGAUAAUUCCCCGGGCCUGGACGUCUCUUUGCAGGAUUUCCAAGUUUUUUCCUCCUCUCCCUCUUUCUCACCAAGUUUGUCAGAUUCAGCACAAAGUCCCCUGCCUCUGUCUUCUGAAACGUUUGACCUUUUCUCAGAAACACUCACAACAAUCGACCUGCAAAACUUGAGCUACUGAAAUAUUUCAACAUGUUUUAUUUUAAUUCAGACACUUGUGAUCAGUCUUUGUACUCAGUUUUUAAAAAAAUCUCACAAAUAAGGUAAGUUAAAGAAAAAAAGCUACUAUUUAGCCUACAUGGACUGUGUAAUCCAUUAGGCUGCAGAGGACAUUUUAUUUUUAUAUGAAUUUCGACUAUUACU